AUGGCGCGCAAACGUCGCAGUGCAGACUCGACACCACCACCACCGCGGCGACAACGGCCGCUUCUUCCGGGAUCGCCAAGGGCAAGACGGGAUGCCCACGGUAACAUUACAAAUGCAGCUUACCUGAGUGAGGCCACACUCGCGCGCGAGCAGGGGCUGAAUAGACCUCAGGUUCUGCCAACCAACGCGGCUCCUGGUCCUCCUGGUCCUAGCCCAGCUUUUCGACAACAGUUGGCCGCCAUCCAUACGCGAAGAGAGCAUGUGGAUCACGCACAUAUAGCGACAAAUGUGCAGUAUGGUCGUAGGUCCGCGCCGCAGAAUACCGUGCGCAGCCAGCGCUAUGCUCCAUAUUCGCUUGCACCUCGCAACUCUUUUGCUGCCCAUCCGGGAGCGGGAUACGCGCCGCCUGCUGUUACGGCACCAGCCUCGCGUAUGGACUUCGUGGAGCCGCAGCAGCAAUACCAGCAAUACCAGCAUUACCCGCAACACCAGUUUGAUAAUGCCCUCCCUGGUGCGGAUCUGAUGAGGUUUCCUUCGAACUCGAGUCAGGCUACUUUGGGCCAUGGGCCUUCGCAUCCUGUGGGAUAUCAGCCUUCAGGGAAUGCCGGCCAGGAAGAUGCCUUGCGAGCUGAGGACUUUGAGUCAGCCGGUCUGAACUUGGACGCAUUCCAGAAUGAGUCGGAUGGGUGGUACACCCUCGACCAAAUGGCUUCACGUCCGAUCUUCUACCAGAUGGAGCCCCCCAAUUCUGCUCCUCCACCUGUACCCGUACCUGGGUACCAGCCUCAUGGUAAUUAUGGGGUUCCCAAUCCCCUUCCCCUUCCGGAACAUACCUUUCCCGGCUACAAUGUCGCUGGGGUUUACCAAAGUCCAUAUGCGCCCACCAUGUAUGCUCCACAGCAUGCGCAUUUCCAGCCAACUUUCCAGCCGGUCCCGAUGUACGCGCCAGGCUCCGUCAACAACAACUUCGUACAGCAGCCGGGCCCGAUGUAUGCCCCAGGCUACGUCAACAACUUCGUCGUACAGCAGCCUCCUCCUCCUCCUCUUCCUCUUCCUUCGCAUACGCAACCCCAGGCCAACUACCCUGUUGCCGCCUACAACCCACCUGCGGCUUACGCAAGCCCUUCCUCGCAACAGCCAGGAAACUACAACGGCAGCACCGGGCAGGCGCAACAGCGGGAUCCGGGAUCCAGGCGACGGUCAAGCUUGUACCUCACUACCGAGGAAUGGGUUGAGGCGCAACGCAGGCAGCAUCCUUCCGGUGAAUGA